AUGGUUUACACUUUUAUGACAACAGAUAUUUAUCGAAUAAAAAUUGAAAAUUAUGCUAACUCUUUAAAUAUUCCGUUACAAGUCAUAUUGGAGACUUUCAUAAUUCAGAAAAGUCUACAAAAUUGCAGCAUGGAAAACUUGAAUCGUAGUGAAGACACAAUCCUUGGCCAAAUCACAGCUCAUAUCAGAAAGUUUCAUAUUAGACACUCUUCUAUAAAAUCUGUUUACAUUAAUAACCAAAUGUCUAAGGUCUCUAACCGGCAGCUUUUCUGCAUCAAUACUGCUGCUUAUGCUAAUCUUCUAUCAUUUCCAAUGAAAAAAACUCACCCUGUUAACUAUGAGAAUGGACAUCACCAAUUAAUUAAAUCAGCAGUUCUUGAUCAAGUGAAGCUGAAAGGUGUUAAAAGCUUUAAAACGAUGGGACUCUGA